UUUGCUGGGAAAAAAACGGAAGCAGAGAAGUGUCUGGAUGAAGACUCGUUCUAAUGACUGGUGGGACCGCAUUGUGGCAACAGAGUGCACCGACGAGGACUGGAAAGAUAAUUUUAGAAUGAGCCGAGCUUCAUUCAACGAACUUGUUCUGCUUUUGGAACCAUUCAUGUCGCCAAAGACAUAUUGCGUGCGACAACCACUACCAGUGCAAAAGAGAGUGGCUAUUGCCCUUUUCAAAAUGGCCAGCUGCAGUGAAUAUAGGGUGGUAGCGAAUCAAUUUGGUGUUCACAAAAGCAGCGUUAAAAAUUGUGUAUACAUGUUCUGCCAAUCGCUUGUACAGCAUUACCUGAAGAAGUACCUAAGUAUACCGACUGCCUCAGAAACUGGAGCUAUUGCCACGAACUUUAAAGCAAGGUGCCACCUCCCUCAAAUAUUUGGGGCAAUCGACGGUACCCACAUCCCUAUCAUGGCACCAAAGAAAGGAUAUCGUGACUUUGUAAACAGAAAAAUGUGGACAUCGUACAAUGUGCAGGCUGUACUAGAUGACCGAGGGCGAUUUCGCAGUUUUACCUGCAAUGUCCCAGGAAGUGCGCAUGACGCAUCUGUGUUGAGGCAGUCAUCACUGUUCCAAAGGAGUGAGGAGCUGUUGCCAAGACAAGAAAUCAUGUUGAAUGGCUGUUCAAUCCCACUCAUGCUGUUGGGGGAUCCUGCAUAUCCUGGUUUGCCUUGGAUACUGAAGGGAUACACCUCGUCACAAGGAAGGCUCUCAAAGGAGCAGGAAUCAUUUAAUGUGUACCACAGUAGCGGCCGCAAUGUUGUGGAGCACGCCUUUGGAAGGCUAAAGGGGCGAUGGAGAGUGCUACUGAAGCGAGCUGACAUAAAUUACAAAUUCAUGCCGACGGUCAUAGUAGCUGCAUGCAUUUUGCACAAUUUUCGUGAAGAGAGAGGAGAGACAGUGAGUGAUGCGAGGAUUAGUGAUGUUAGGUCAUCUGAGGAUGAGCUUUACCAGCAGCCUUCAACCAGACGUCUGCACACAAGCUCUGUUAGUGAAGUGCGGGAUUUCCUCUGCGAUUUCUUGGCUGAGAACUUUCCACUUCGCUCUGCAUCGUGGUGAAUUGUUUCUUGUGAAGUUCUGAAGACAGUGAAAUGAAACUGUUUGAAGCACGGUUUUUAAAAGCAGUGUUUAUUUGCAAAAAGUA